GUUCUCGUCGCUUAUUGUGAGGAAGGAGUAUAAUACAAAGUAAUAAACAAGUUUGUUUUUCUCUCUCUUUCUUUUUCUCUAAGAUUUGUUGAAUUGGUGGUGGUAGGAAAAUAGGAAGAAAUGAGAAAGACGAAGAAAAGUAGCAGUACUACGUCAGAUUCAGAGUAUUGUCAACAACAACAACCAGGUUUUACUGCCGCAGCUGAAGAACAAACAACUUCUCCUCCUCCUCCUAAGCUUGACGAUGGUUUCUAUGAAAUUGAAAGGAUUCGCCGUAAGAGGAUCAGAAAGGGUGAGCUCCAGUACCUUAUUAAAUGGCGAGGAUGGCCGGAAACUGCCAACACUUGGGAGCCUCUUCAAAAUCUACAAUCUGUUCCCGAUCUCAUUCAUGCAUUUGAAGAAAGCCUCAAAUCAGGCGGUGCUGGAGGAGGCGGAAAUCAUCACCGCAGCAAGGGAAAACGCACCACCACCCUUCCACCUCACCCUCAGCCACCACAACCUACUAACGCCCAUCCUCCCACCGUCCUUCAAAAUCCACCACCUACGGACACUGGCCUCCAUGCAGACAACCUAGCAACACAUUUUCAACAGACUGUCAUUUCAACGCCCAAUGAUGCUCAAUCGAACGGGAACGGGGAUCCGCUUCAAACUGACCGCACCAGAGGAGCCAAAAGGAGAAAACCUGCUUCUGUUAAAAGGUUCAAGAAAGAGGAAUGUGCGUCUGAAACUGUUGUUGAUACAAACAAUGCACCUGCCAAUGACGUCUCUGCUGGUGGUAAGCUUGAACCAGCCUGGACACAAAAUGCAUGCAAUAUUGUCAAGAUUCUAAAGCCAAUAGGCUAUUCAGCUUCUCUAUCUUCCUACAUGCAGGAUGUUUCAGUCACCUUUAUGGCUAUGAGGUCUGAUGGAACAGAAGUGAUGGUGGAUAACAAAUAUCUCAAGACAAACAAUCCUCUUCUGCUGAUCAAUUUCUAUGAGCAGCAUCUCCGAUACAAUCCAAGUUCUUAACUGGAUAGAGUAUUAUUGAAGGUGGUGGUUUUUUGUGUGAUUAGAUCUUCUUUUGUUUGUUGCUAGUUAUAUAUAAUGGAGUUGUAGAUGCAGGGAAAUACGAUGUUGGUUAGUAUAUGAUUAUAUAACCAAAUCUUUGGAGACUUGCUUUAAACUAGUGAUUCUACAUUAUGUUUUAUCCCCUUUACGCAUGAUAACAGUCUGUAGAUGUAUCUUUGGUUGUGCAUUGAACAUCAUUGAAAUUUGGUGUGUUAAUAUUGUUUCACUAAAGGCGUGUUUAAUGAAGGCUGCAUAUAUGAUUGCUUAA